AUGGAAGACUGGUCGCUGCACCCCCCCUGGGUCUGGCUCCCCCCCUCCCACUACCGCGAGGAGGACAACCAGCCCGCCCGCUUCUUCCUCUUCCGCAAGACCUUCUCGUGGCAGCCCGAUGAUCAUGAUCAGGAUGAUCAGGAUGAUCAGCCAGUGCUCCUCCACGUCUCCGCCGACAGCCGCUACCGGCUGUUCGUCAACGGCCACCGCGUCAGCUUCGGGCCCUGCAAGUCGCCCCGGGGCCAGUGGCACUACGAGACCGUCGACAUCCGGCCGCAUCUCCGCCGCGGCCGCCACCGCAACGUCCUCAGCGCCCGCGUGCUGCGCUACUCCAGCCUCGUCCCGGGCUCGUCGUCCAUCGUGAGCCGGCCGCGGCCGGGCUUCCUGCUGGUCCCCGCCGUCCCGGGGCGGCCCCCCGUCGGCACCGACACCCCGUGGCGCUGCUGCGAGGAGACCACCCGCCGCAUCGUGCCCCGAUCCGAGUGGAACUACCUGCUGGGCCCCCCCUUCCUGUGCAUCAACGAGCGUGUCACCGAGGAUGCCGCCCUCGCCGGCUGGCACUCGCCGCCCUACGACGACGCCGCCUGGCCGGCCGCCGUGCCCCAGGAGACGGCCGCCGUCCAGAUGCUGCCCGUCGUGAGUCCGUGGCGCCUGGCCCCGCGGCCCAUCCCCGCGCUGCCCGAGACCCCCGGCCGGCUGGACGGCGUCAUCCAGACCCACGGCGCGGUCUCCGCCGACCAGUGGACGGCCCUGAUCCGCGCCGACCAGCCCGUCGUCGUCCCGGCGCGCGCCCGCGUGACGGUGGAUCUGGCCGUGGCGCAUCUGCUGACGGCCUUUGACCUCGGCGUCGACACGUCGCCCGUCCCCCGGCCGCGCUCCAAGGCCGAUCGAUCCGAUCCCCGGGGGGGCCGCGCGCGCCUGUACGGCCCCCGGGACUUCUAUACCGUCGCCGCCGGCCAGCCCGCCCACGCCUUCGAGCCCUUCUGGUUCCGGUGCUUCCGCUACUGCCAGCUGGACAUCGUCACGGCCGACGCCCCCCUGACGGUCUCGGGCAUCGCGCUGCGCGAGACCUCGUACCCCCUGCCCGUCACCACGCGCCUCCUCCAGGCCACCCCCCCGGACCUGAUGCGCAUCUGGGCCAUCAGCCUGCGCACGCUGCAGAACUGCCGCCACGAGACGUACGAGGACUGCCCCUUCUAUGAGCAGAACCAGUUCGCCGCCGACGCGCGCCUGCAGAUGCGCUUCGGCUACCAGCUGUCGCCCGACGACCGGCUGGCCCGCAAGACGCUGGCCGAGUUCGACGCCAGCCGCACGCCCGACGGGCUCAUCGGGGCCCAGUCGCCCAGCGGCUUCCCCAGCCGCCAGAUCCCGCUGUUCUCGCUGUUCUGGAUCCUGAUGCUGCACGACCACCUGCGCUACCACGCCGACGCCGCCCUCGUCCGCCGCUACCUGGGCACCGUGGACGGCAUCGUGCAGCACUUCGAGGCCCGCCUGGACGCCGCCCGCGGCCUCGUGGGCCGCUUCGAGGCCGACACCUGGCCCUUCGUCGACUGGGUGGCCGCCUGGAUGGUGCCGGGCCACAUCUUCGCCUCGUGCAUGCCCCCGGCCUACCACGCCACGGGCGCCGCCACGGUCAACAGCCUCCUGUAUGCCUACGCCCUGCGCCAUGCCGCCGACCUGUGCGACUUCGUCGGCCGCCGCAGCACCGCCGACGAGUACCGCGCCCGCGUCGCCACCCUCCAGGCCGCCGUGAACGCCCAGUGUCGCGGGGAGGCCUCCGCCUUCUACCAGGAUGGCCCGGGCGUGGCCCAGUACAGCCAGCACACGCAGGUCUUCGCCAUCCUCACCGACACGGUGACCGGGGACGCUGCGCGCCGGCUGCUGCGCCAGACCCUGGCGGCGCCCGGCCUGGCGCGCUGCUCGUACGCCAUGCAGUUCUACGUCUUCCGCGCGGCCGAGCACACGGGCCUGUACGCCGAGGUGUUCGCCCAGCUGCUGGCGCCGUGGCGGGCGAUGAUGGCCCAGAACCUGACGACGUGGGCCGAGGACGACGUCAACGCCCGCAGCGACUGCCACGGCUGGAGCGCCAGUCCCGUCAAUGAGAUCGUCACGCAGCUGUUCGGCGUCACGCCCCUCGAGCCCGGCUUCGCGCGCGUGCGCAUCGCCCCGCGCCGUGAGUUGCUCGAGGCGGCCGAGGGGACGCUGCACACGCCCCGGGGCGAUCUUCACCUGCGAUGGGCGCAGGGAGAGGCCCUCACGGUCGAGGCGACGCGCGAGAUGGCGGUCGAGGUCGUCCUGGGUGCGACCACGUAUCCGACGGUGCUGGCGCCGGGGGAGACAGUGUGUUUCCAGUAA